AAAAUCACAAUCCAUCUUUUCCUUUUCCUUUUCCGGUUACAAUUAGCACUCAAUUGUUAUCUAAUUUUCACCUAUGUGAUCAUAUUAAUUAGUCAUAAAUCUUUUAUUACAAUUUGAUUCAUUGAAUUAACAUUACUCUCUUUUUCUAAUAAUAACUUCAACUCUCCGCCUUUCGUAGUUUUCUUGCUCUCUUUUCUCACUCAUUCACUCUUCUCUCUCAUACUCUCUCUCUCUCUCUCUCUCUUCCAAUCUUGUUUAAAUUAUUUCUCUGUUGUUUAUAUUUACUUCAUCAUCAUCAUCAUCAUUAUCAUCAUCUCUUUUUUGUUCUCCAAUUGGUAAAUUAACUAUUCCUUUGUACAUAUGAUAUUCUAAUUCUGGAACCUCGAUAAUUUCAAUUCGAUAUUUGUUUUGUUUCAUCUCUGUGAUUUUCUCUCGCUCUCUUGUUCUGUCUUCCCAUAAUAACAUUCCAGUGUUACAAUUGAUCUCACCUUUGGAUUGUCUUAAUCUCCUCAAGCUAUGCCACAAUCUACUGAUAAUCGGACUCUCAGGCCAGUUACCAUUUGGCUAACAGGUAUCUCUGGUAGUGGCAAGUCAACCAUCGCCAAUGGUGUGGUGACACAAUUAAAGUCAUUGGGCUACAAUGCGAUCAAUUUGGAUGGAGAUAAACUCCGAACGGGAUUAAAUAGUGACCUAGGGUUUAGUCCAGCUGAUAGGAAGGAGAAUUUACGUCGAACAGCUGAAGUGGCCACUAUCCUGGCCGAAUCGAAUCUUCUAUUACCAGUGGUUAGUUUAAUUUCUCCGUUCGAAGCAGAUAGAGCUCUUGCUCGAUCGAUUCACUCAAGUAAAGGUGUUGAUUUUUUAGAGUGUUACAUGGACACACCGGUGGAAGAAUGUGAAAGACGAGAUCCAAAGGGAUUGUACAAAAAAUUUCGCUCUGGUUUAAUUAAAGGUUUCACUGGAAUCGAUGCUCCCUACGAGAAACCGGAAACACCCGAUCUUAUAUUAACCACGAUGGAUUUAAAUGUCGAGGAAUCGGUCGAGAAAGUUAUUCGUCUUCUCGAGGAGAGACAAUGUAUUCACACUCGUAUUCUCGAACUUUUCACUCCGUCUCAUUUACUGCCUGAGAUAAAAGAAAGAUUGAACGCCGAAGAUAGUCAACAAAUCGCUCGAUUGGACAUAACCCGAAUCGACCUCGAAUGGAUUCAAGUGCUAAGUGAAGGUUGGGCUACACCUUUGACCGGAUUCAUGAGAGAACUCGAAUAUCUUGAAUGUAUUCACAAGGGAACAAUUCGAGGAGGUCUAGUUAAUCAAACAAUUCCAAUUGUUCUUUCCAUUUCCACUCUGGAUAAACAGCGAUUAGAAAAUGAACAGGAAAUCGGCCUUUGGUACAAGAAUACAUGUUAUGCUAUUCUGAAAGAACCGGAAUUCUAUUCUCACCGGAAGGAAGAACGUUGUGCUCGAAUAUUUGGAACCACUGAUUUAGGUCAUCCGACGAUUAAAAUGAUCUAUGAAAGCGGAGAUUAUCUUGUCGGAGGUGAUCUAUCGGUAUUCGAGAAGAUAACCUGGAACGAUGGGCUAGAUCAAUAUCGAUUAACUCCCGGUGAGCUUCGUGCGAAAUUCAAGAAGAUGGGAGCUGAUGCUGUUUAUGCAUUCCAAUUACGGAAUCCGAUUCACAAUGGUCACACACUAUUGAUGCAAGAGACACGGAGACAAUUAUUGAAACGUCAAUGUCAGAAUCCAGUUUUACUAUUACACCCGUUGGGUGGUUGGACUAAGGAAGAUGAUGUACCUUUGAAAGUGCGAAUUGAACAACACAAGGCCAUUCUUGAGGAGCGAGCACUGGAUCCCGACUCAACGGUUUUGGCCAUUUUCCCGUCCCCAAUGUCUUACGCGGGUCCCGUUGAAGUCCAAUGGCAUUGUAAGGCUCGUUUGGUGACCGGAGCCAAUUAUUACAUCGUUGGUCGUGACCCAGCGGGCAUUGGCCAUCCAAAUGGCUCCGGUGAUCUUUAUAAUGGUGCUCAUGGCGCUAAAUUGUUACAAAUUGCCAGAGGGCUUAGUCAAUUUGAUAUAAUUCCUUUCAAAGUGGCCGCUUACAACAUUGAAAAAAGUUGUAUGGACUUUUACGAGCCCAAUGAGGCCGAUAAAUUUCUGUUCAUUUCGGGAACGCAAAUGCGGACACUGGCCAGAAAUGGACAAACUCCACCGGAGGGAUUCAUGGUGACCAAAGCUUGGAAAAUAUUAGCCGAUUUCUACCAAUCCCAGUCCCAAUCGAAUCAAUGACAAUUACACUUCUCUCUCGAUCCGUGAUAAAGAUGAGCAUCAAUUAUGAUUUACUCUUGAUGCUUUUUUAUUACAAUUAAUUUAUACACUAAUUAGUUAUGCUCUUGGGAUAAUUAUACUUUUGUUUUUGUUUUGCUUGUUUGUUUUAGAGACUGAAAAAUUGAUUCCAUUUUUAUUUUCCAUUGACAAUCAAUCAUCAUUUUCAUUGAUCAUCGAUUUAUUUUUUCUCACAUUUUAAUCAUUCACCUUUUCGAGCCAACAAGUCAACUAAUCAGCCAAAAUGUUAUUCACAAAUUUUACUAACAAUCAACAUGGCUAAUCAAGUGAACUAUUAAUUAACUGCAAACAAUUUGCCAUCCAAAGCCUUAAAUUACAAUCAUAAUAUAUUUGAAAAAUGUAUUUAACUAAUUGAUCAAAAUUUUCAUCAUUUUCCAUUUUUACUUCAUCUUUUUUAUCCAUAUAAUUGAUUGAUUGUUUUGUCAAUUUAAUUGUUAUAUUUAAUUGCCUAAAUAUUAUUAAUUUAAUACAAACAGCAAAAAAAAGUGCGUUUUAAUUGUACAAAAAUUGAUUAAUGAUAAAUUCAACUAUUAAAAAGUGUCUCAGAAA